CAAAUCGAAAGGUCGCGAGGUAGACGCGCGACGAUGGAGGCGGAUGCUGACACGGGGAACCAGACACCGCAGUUGCAAUGGCGGAAGAUUGAGUGCACGGGAGAGGCACCAAGUCGUCGCAGCGGUCACACGCUGACGAUUGUCGGGUCGAACGGGUUUCUGUUUGGAGGAUGCGACUACGCUGAACCUCCUGGCCCGACCAACGAUCUAUUUCAGCUACGCAUCCACACCAACGGGUCAUGCGAUUGGAGUCGCGUGGCAUUCCGAAAAGGGCCGUUGCCGCGAUGGAAACACUCGGCAACUCUCGUGGACAACAAGAUCUACCUCUUUGGCGGGUUUCACAACGCGACCACCCGAUUUCAGGACGUCUGGAUUUUCAAUCCCAUCACGAUGGAGUGGAGUCAGCCUGUUCCCCAGUCAACGCCACGGUCGUCAACAACCCAAGUGAAUAAGUCGGCGCUCACGUGGCCAGGGUGCCCCGCACCCCGCGGAGGCCAUUCCGCUAGCCUCAUCAACCGCGAAAUCUACAUCUUUGGAGGGUAUGGCGGCCAAGGAUACUCGCGCCGAGACUUUGACGACUUGUACGCGUUGAAUGUGGACACGAUGGCGUGGGGAAAAGUAUCGACAAAAGGGAAGGGCCCCGAGCGCCGCUCUGGCCAUCAAGCUUGCGCUGUCGACGCGCAACUGUUUGUAUUUGGCGGAUGGAACUGUACCACUCAGUUCAACGAUUUGCACAUCUUUGACACAGAGACUCUGUGCUGGAGCUCUGUGGAAGGGUCCCAUAUGAGCCAUACGUCGCCAAGAUGGAACCACGCGAGCUGCGCUGUCUUGGCCAUUCCAAACGCAAAGAUCUUUUGCUUUGGAGGGGUCCUCGGCCAAAUGAACGAAUAUGGCGCACCUGGAAUGUUCACCAACGACAUAAGCGUUCUCGACACCGGCACGUUUGCUUGGACAGUACCAGAAACUCAUGGUACGCCCCCGGCAGCCCGCGCUGACACCACUCUCGCGUACGACGACAAGGGGAGCCGCCUCAUGAUAUGCGGCGGCUGGGCCAACUUAUGGUUCAACGAUGUGUUUUCGCUUGACGUGAGUUGCGUCGUGGGCCCACCGUAUGCAAUUACGGGAGUGCGCCCGUCUUUCGGCGCCAUCACGGGAGGACUGUUGCUCACUGUAGAAGGCAUCGACUUCACCCCCAAGCCCGUCAUCGUUCGCUUCUCCUGUCGCAAGGGCACAAUUGACGUCCCGGGGACGUACGUCAACGAUCAAACGCUUACUGUCACGACGCCCGACUUCUCCAUGUUCCCACCCGGUGACGUUCAAAUUCGUGUCGCGCUGCAAGGCGACUCGUUCACGACGACGUUCCAAAUGUUCAACUUCUUUGCAGUCACGAGCGCAGCCAAGACGUUGGCGUACGGGGCUGGCGUACAGUCUGGUGGUGCCGCGGCCGAGCCGAUCACGUUUCUCCUUCAAGCGUGCGACGCCAACAGCCACCAUCGCGUUCGAGGCGGUGACGAAUUCAUGGUGUCUGUGCGCUCCCUCGUCGACGACAAGGAGCUGCAAACCGUAAUCCAAGACAUGGACAACGGCACGUAUGCAGUCACAUAUACUGCGCCUACUCGGGGCGAGUACGAAAUCAACGUUCAAUUUUGCGGCACGUUUGGCGGCGAGGUGGGCACGGUGUAUGGGUUUCCGCUUGUCGUGUCGUUCGACGACGCGAUGGCGCGGGACAUGAAUCGCAUGACUGGCAAGUUAGUCAUGGACGGUCUGUCCACCGAUCUUCUUGCGCUCACACAACUGAUCGAAGACUGCGGCAAAGGGCUUGACCUGGACGUGGGUUUGUCCGCGACCUUGGCGGACGAGACUGCCGCAUUAAUUCAACUCAAGGAGCACUUGUUCACCGUCGAGAAGAAGGGUGACUACACGCGGUGGUUGCUCGAAAAGACCAAGUCGCUACUGGCGUUUCUCUCAACUGCUGUCGACGUGGAAAAAGAAAAGAACCAGCUCGCAAAUUUGGAAACGAGCUGGAACGACCUUGUCGUAAAGGUCCCUGUCGUGGCAGCGCGCAUUGCUCCACGGCUGUCGGCGCAAAGUUCCCGCACCAAGGCCGACAUUCAAGGAUACCACGAAAAGCUCGUGGCAUAUGCUACCAAGGUCAAGCACAAGGGCUUUUGGGAGUUUGAAACAGGCAUGAAAAAUGCUCUGCACAUGCUGGACGAAGCGGCGCAAGAGUUUAGCAAAGAAGAAGCUGCGUUCAAGCGAAUGCGUCACGUGGCAGAAAUCUUUGAAUGCCUACCAUUGAUGGACCCGAGUGAAAAGGUCGUGCAACAUGUCUCAAGGACUCUCGAGCGCCUGCGCACAGUAUGGACGGUCGUGGGGGACAUCAGCCGCAAACUCCAGAUGGCACGAGAUCUGUUGUGGGUCGAUUUGGACGGGUCCGUCCUCGAAGACGAGGCGAAAGCUAUGAUGAAUGCUGUCAAGUCAGCGGGGAAAGAAAAGGAGAUCAAGGACAGCAACGUGUACCAGGGGUUGGAAGCCAUGGCGCACGACUUCUUGGUCAGUUGUCCAUUGUACCAAGCGCUGCGUCACCCGUCCGUGCAGUCGCGCCACUGGGUCGAGCUGAUGGAGUUGGUUCAUCAAACGUUUCCCAAUCCGAUCGAUCAUGUCGAGCUAAAAUUUGCCGACAUCAUGGGGCUCGGUCUCCAUCGCUUUCAAAAGGACGUUGAAGACCUCACGGAGCGGGCGCAAAAAGAAUCGCGGGUGGAGCAAGCGCUGCAAGAAGUGGAGGCUAGGUGGACGGCGAUAUGCUUUGACAUGUCCACGUACAAGGACACGGAGAUUCCAAUCCUUCGCGUUCGGGAUGAAGACGUUGAAAUCCUCGAAGCGGAUCAAGUCAUGCUGCAGAGCAUGCUCAGCAGUCGCGUUCAAUUCUUCAAAGGGCUCAGCGAGAUGUGGUCUCAGCGCCUCACGUGCAUCGCGGACGUGACGAUGGCACUCGGAGAAUUCCAACGCACGUGGUCGUACUUGGAGCCCCUGUUCAUUGGGUCUGACGAAGUGAAGAAGGAGCUGCCGGACGACGCCGCCCAGUUCGUUGCGAUCGAUGCGGCAGUCAAGGAAAUCCUGACAUCAUUUGCCCAAGCUAAAGUAAUUCUUACAGCUUGCACGGCCCGCCUUUCCCAGCUUCAGGAGCUUGCUACGUUGUCCACGUCGUUGCAAAAGUGCCAAAACUCGCUCAUCGAGUUCCUCGAUGGAAAACGACGGCUCUUUCCCCGGUUCUAUUUUACUUCUGAAGCCGACUUGCUCGACAUCCUGUCCAACGGGGGCACCCCCGCCGCCAUCACCAAGCACUUGUCCAAAGUGUUUCUCGCCACACAAGCGUUUACGUUUGAGUCGGGCACGACUGUCACCCACUUUGUCUCGAACGUCGGCAACGAAACGAUUCGAUUCGUGGCGCCUGUCACGUUGUCGGGCAAAGUCGAAGGGUACCUCACCGACGCGUUGAACGGGAUGAAGCUCACGCUGAAGGAAAAUAUCAAGAGCACCAUCAAACGGUACCCGCAGCUGUCCCGGACGGACUGGCUCAUGUCUCGAACGAAUGAUGGCGCGUUGCUGGAUGCCGCCCAGGUGGUGCUGCUCGUGUCCAGCAUGGAAUACGUAAAGAGCGUCGAGGCAGCCCUGGUCGGGGUCGGUAGCGGCCAUGCCAGCGCACUGUCCGAACUACUCGAGAAAAUUACAAUGCAGCUCAACGACUUGAUCAAGUUGACGCGUGGGCCGCUCAACGACGAAGAACGCCAGCGCGUGAUGUGCAUGAUCACCACGGAUGCCCACAGUCGAGAUGUUGUUCAGUCACUCAUUAGCCAACACGUCACGGCACUUUCGUCGUUUGUGUGGCAAGCGCAGCUCAAACCUCGGCUAUGCGUCACCGACCAGACGGCGCUGGACAUUUGCGAUGCCACGUUCGAGUAUGGCCUCGAGUACCUCGGCAAUGGCCCUCGGCUGGUCAUCACGCCGCUGACGGACCGCAUGUACGUAACAGCAACGCAAGCGCUGAACUUGCACCUCGGGUGUGCGCCAUCGGGUCCAGCCGGGACGGGCAAAACCGAAACAACGAAAGACCUGGCGAGUGCGUUGGGGAAACCAUGCUACGUCUUCAACUGCUCGCCUGAAAUGGACUUCAAGAGCCUUGGCAAUAUUUUCAAAGGCCUGGCGUCCAGCGGGGCGUGGGGUUGCUUUGACGAGUUUAAUCGGUUGAUUCCCGAAGUGUUGAGUGUGUGCUGUCUCCAGUUCAAAGCCGUGUGCGACGGCAUCAAGGGCGACUUGUCGUCGAUCAUCCUCGAAGGAGACUCUGUGGUCUUGGAUCCGACGUGCGGAACGUUCAUCACGAUGAACCCGGGGUACUUGGGGCGGUCGGAGCUUCCUGAAGGGCUCAAAGCGCUCUUUCGACCCAUCACGGUCAUGCUACCCGACCUGUGUUUGAUAUGCGAAAACAUGCUCAUGGCGCAGGGCUUUACCGAAGCCAAGACUCUCGCGUCCAAGUUUUACCACUUGUACCAUCUUUGCAAAGAACUCCUGUCACAACAGGACCACUACGAUUGGGGCCUACGAGCCAUCAAGUCGAUUUUGCUAAUCACAGGAUCCCUCAAACGAAGCGAACCGACGCUGACUGAGUCCCAGCUCCUGCUGCGGGCGCUGCGUGACUUCAACGUUCCGAAGCUUGUCCUGCACGACCAGCCCAUUUUCCACGGUCUCCUUCAUGACUUGUUCCCAGAACAACCCCCGCCUCGAAAAGUCCACGCGACGUUUGAAAAGCACAUUGAAUCGGCAUGCGAAACGCUAGGACUGUGGCCCGAAGAAACGUUUCGCCUCAAGGUCGUGCAACUGGACGAGCUUUUGGUCCUGCGUCAUUGUGUGUUUGUGAUGGGCCCAGCGGGCGCCGGCAAGUCCGAGUGCAUCCUCGCGCUGCAAACUGCCAACGGACUGCACGGCACCAAAGUCAAGCUUGUGGACAUCAACCCCAAGGUUGUGUCGACGGACGAAUUGUACGGUUCCAUGCACGUGACGACACGAGAAUGGAAGGACGGGCUGCUUUCCAAAGUCAUGCGCGAUUUAGCCAACGACGAGUCGGAUCAAUGCAAGUGGCUUGUGCUUGAUGGCGACCUCGACGCAAACUGGAUCGAAAGCAUGAACAGCGUCAUGGACGACAACAAAACGCUGACGCUGGCGUCCAACGAACGCAUUCCGCUGAAAAAUCACAUGCGAUUGAUCUUCGAAAUCCAGGACCUGGCCUACGCGACCCCAGCGACAGUCAGCCGAGCGGGGAUUCUGUAUCUGUCCACGGAUGAAGGCACACAAUACAGGUCGUUUUUGGCCAGCUGGCUCAGCGACACGUCCCCCGAAGUCGACGUUCGUUCGCGGCUCGGGGAGUGCGUCAUGCGCUAUGUCGAGCCGUGUCUGGCGUACCACAAGAAACUGAAAACGAUCGUACCGUUGGAAGACAUUUCGGUCGUCCAGAGCUUUCUCCACUUUUUGGACGCCACACUUACCACAGCAAUCGUGGACGACCCCAAGAAAAUUGACAUUGUGUGUGGAUUUGCCUCGAUAUGGGCGUUCGGAGCCGCGCUGUGUGUGGCCGACGACGGCACAGACUACCGCAAGCUCUUUUCCGAGUGGUGGCGCGCCGAGUUCAAAGGAAUCAAGAUCCCCAUCCGCGAUACCGUGUUUGAGUACUAUCUGAACCCCACAACGUUCCAGUUUGACUCGUGGCGCGCGAGUCCGUUCUUCACAGCCAUCAAGUUUGACGGCCACGAGUCCAUGCAUGCCGUGACGGUUCCGACCACCGAAACAGUCAGCACGUUGCUCUGGACGAGUAAAAUGAUCAGCGAAGCACACGGCGUGAUGUUGUGCGGGCAUGCUGGAACAGGAAAGACACAAAUGAUCAAGGGUUUUCUCACCACGGCCGCGCAACAACAUCUCUUGAAUGGCCAAGGGAAAACUUACUUGUCGAGCACUCUCAACUUCAACUAUUACACAAAUGCCGCCGUCCUCCAAAGCGCGUGUGAGUCGAAACUCGUCAAGCGGAUGGGCUCGACGUUUGGACCCAUGGUGAACGGGGCGCAGUGGAUCUUCUUCUUGGACGACUUGAAUUUGCCCAUGGUGGAUCCAUACCGAACGCAGAGCGCACUGGCGCUGCUCCGCCAACUCAUGGACUACAACCACUGGUACGACCGCGCCAAGUUUACAGUCAAGCAAGUCGUCGACUGUCAGUUUGUGACGUGCAUGAAUCCCACGGGCGGGUCCUUUUACAUCAACCCACGCCUCCAACGACACUUUGCCACGUUUGCCGUGACGUUGCCGAGCGCCACAAGCCUGUUGUCCAUCUAUCAAACGUUUCUGGACGGCCACUUGAACGAUUUCAACGACGACAUCCGCAAAGCAGCCGUGAAUAUUUUAAAAGGAGCGCUGGCGUUGCACGCGCAAGUGUCAAGUACGUUUCGUAAGACGGCGGCCAACUUUCACUACGAAUUCAAUAUUCGCCAUCUCUCGAACGUCGUCCAAGGCAUUCUCAUGUCGAAACCGGCCUACGUCGAGGACAGCGCCAAGUUUGUCCUGCUUUGGUUGCACGAGUCCGCGCGCGUGUACGGCGACCGCCUCGUGUCGCGCCAGGACUUGAACAAGUACAACGCACUGGCCCAACAGAACGCCAAGAAACUGUUUCCGUCGGUGCCGAUCCAAAAGUACUUUGCGCAGGAAAAUGCCGAUGCGCUCGUGUUUUGCCCCCAAUCCAUGUCUGGAACUGCCCUGGAUUUGGACUACGACCAGGUCUUGUCUGUGGCCGACAUGAAAACCCGGUUGGAAGAAGCGCUGGCAGACUACAACUUGGUCAAUCCCAAAAUGGACCUUGUUCUUUUCAAAGACGCGAUCGAGCACGUUGCACGAAUCAUGCGCAUCAUUUCGAUUGCGUCGGGUCAUGCCAUGCUCGUGGGGGUCGGUGGGAGCGGUCGAAAAUCGCUCGCUCGACUCAGCGCCUACCUUGUGCACUAUGCCGUCGUUGACAUUACCAUCACGCAAUCCUACACACUGACUGACUUCAAAACGGACUUGCAGUCCAUGUUUGCACGAGCGGGUAUGAAGGGAGAGAAGGUUGCGUUCGUCCUCUCCGACGCCGACAUCAAGAACGAGAGAAUGCUCGUGUACAUCAACGAUUUGCUCAGUUCUGGCUCGAUCGCGGACCUGUACACGACGGAAGAGCAGGACGCCAUCCUGGCCCAGUUGUCUGUGAAAGUAAAAGGCGACAAGGACGAGUGCUGGGCCUACUUCUUACAUCAGCUCAAAGAGCACGUCCACUGUAUACUGUGCUUUUCGCCCGCGGGGUCGACGUUUCGCGUGUGGGCUCGAAAGUUUCCGGCACUUGUCAACUGCACUAUCAUUGACUGGUUCCAACCGUGGCCCGUCGACGCCCUGCAAAGCGUCGCUGUCAAGUGCCUCGCGACAACCACGCUUCACGGCGACACGUUGACAGCCGUCGAGCAGUUCAUGCCGCACUCAUUCGAGUCGGUGAACGGGAUGGCAGAGAAAUUCAAAAACGAGGAAGGCCGAGUCGUGUACACCACGCCGAAAACAUACCUCGAAUUCCUGUCCCUGUAUACCACCCUGCUCGUGUCAAAGCAACAAGAGAUGUCCAAAGCGAUAUUUCGCUUACAGUCGGGGCUGGACAAGUUGGAGAGCACGUCCCACGUUGUCGCCAAUAUCGAAGAAGAUUUGACUAAAACACUCGAGGAAGCCAUGAAAAAGAAGGCGAUUGCCGAAGAAAUGGCUGACGUUGUCGCGGCGGAUAAGCUUAUCGUUGAAAGGGAAACAGAAAAGGCCAACGUGGAGGCGGACAAAUGUGCCGUGAUCCAUGCCGACAUGGCUACCAAGAAGGCCGACACGGAGCGAGAGUUGGCAGCCGCGCAACCGAUGGUGGACGCGGCCAUGGCAGCCCUGGAUACACUCAAUCGAAAAGAUUUGGGCAACUGCAAAACCAUGUCCAAACCACCUGCGGGAGUUGGCGACAUUUUUGCCAGCGUCAUGCUGCUCUUUGCUGGCAUCAACCCAGACGUACCUGUCCAAAAGAACGGCAAAGUCAAGGAAAAGGACCGAGCGUGGGAAGUGUGCAAGAAAAUCUUGCUGGCCAACGUCAACGGACUCAUCGACGAGCUCAAGAAUUUCAAGCUCCUCGUCGAUACGAACGCUGUGCCGGAAGCGAAUUGGAAAGAGAUCCGACCGCUGCUCGAGUUGCCGCAUUUCAACGUCGAGAUCAUCGAGAAACGCAACUCGGCCGCCGCCGGGCUAUGUGCGUGGGUGAUCAACAUUGUUCAGUACUACGAUGUGCUUGUGACGAUUGAACCGAAGCGCAAGGCCUUACAAGAAAUCACAGACAAGUACUCAGUGGCCAACGAAAAGCUCACGGCCGUCCAGACAAAGGUUCAUGAACUUGAAGAGCGUCUGGCCAAGCUAACGGCCUCGUACGAGCAAACGAUGGAAGAUGUGAAUGUCGCGAUAGCAACCGUCGAGCGCGGCAAGAUUCGCAUGAACUUAGCGAAGCGACUCACGGCGGCGCUGGGCAGUGAAAACAUUCGGUGGCAGCAAAACGUCGACCUGUUGAAACACGAAGCGGCUACCACAGUUGGCGAUGUCUUGAUAGCAGCUGCGUUCGUGUCGUACGCUGGGCCGUUCACAAAACCAUAUCGAGAGCUGCUGGUGAAUGGUCACUGGCGGCCGUUCUUACUUGGGCUCAAAAAGCCGCUCGCACUUCAAAUUGACGCAACCCCUGUGGCGAUGCUGACGCCACCAACCGAUGAAGCGGCUUGGAUUGGAUUUGGCCUUCCAAGCGAUCGGGUCUCGAUUGAAAACGGCACAAUCGUUCAGCAUUGCAAACGGUGGCCACUGUUAAUUGAUCCGCAGCUGCAAGCGAUCCACUGGCUUCGAGCAAAGGAAGCCCUAGUGGUCGUCCGGCAGCACCAGCCAAGUCUAAUUUUGACGUUGGAGACUGCCAUCGAGCAUGGCCAGGCACUGUUGCUGGAGAAUAUAGAAGAAAAAAUCGAUCCACUUUUGUGGCCGGUCAUCAGCCGGUGCACCAUGAAUAAAGGGCGCAAAACGUGCCUGAAACUCGGGGACAAAGUCAUCGAGUGGGCGCCGUCAUUUCGUUUGUACCUUCACACGACGAUGGCAAAUCCGCAUUACGCCCCCGAAAUUCAAGCCGAGACCACCCUCGUCAACUUUUCGGUCACACCGCAGGGCUUGGAAGAUCAAUUGCUGGCGUUAGUCGUACGCAAGGAAUGGCCCAAAAAAGCCAAGGCCCGGACGGCGCUCAUCCAGCAGCAAAAUCGAUUCAAAAUCACCAUGCAGGCCCUCGAAGACAAGAUCCUGACCAGUUUGGCCGAAGCGGACGGGGAUGUCACCGAAAACGUCACGUUGAUUGGGGACUUGGAAACGACGAAAGCGACGGCCGACGCGCUGUUCAUCCAGGCCAAGAACGCUGCCGACAUCGAAUUGACAAUCAACCAACUGAGCGCGAGGUACCAAAGUGUCGCACGGCGCGGCGCGUUGCUUUUUUUCAUCCUGAAUAACCUGCACAAGUUGCACGCGUACCACGUCUUUUCCUUGAAUGCGUUUGUCGUAAUGUUUCAACGGGGCAUGGACGUUGCCAAACCGUACGACGACGAGAAGAAAUCAAACAAUUUGGCGUUGUCGCGGUUCAAAGCGGCGGCGAAGCGCGUGAUUGUGAGCCAGCGUUUUCAUUGGAAUGUCGACGUGUUGCUCAUGGACCGAGUCCUGGAAGAAGCGCACUUUGACAUGGCUGCCAUUCUGGACAGUGCGCAAGAAGAAGUCCCAGACGAGUCCAUUAUCGCGCCAAGAUGUGCGAGCUUGCAAACGAGUAUCACUGAAGUUGUGUUUGACUACGUUCGACGUGGUUUGUUUGAGAAGGACAAGCUGGUCGUGGCCACCCAGCUGUGCUUUGCCAUCCUCAAAGACGAGAACAAGAUCACUGCGCAGGAAAUUACAUUCCUGACCACAAGUCCUGUUGCGGACGACAUGACUACCUGUACGACCCAGAUUGGAGUCUUAAAUGAGUGGCUGCCAGAUCUACUGUGGUCCAAACUGCGCAGGCUGGAAGAACUCGUGCCAUUGCUCACGAACGAGUUCAAACUGGACGGGGACGAAUGGAGGGAAUGGUACCAAUCGGACACCCCGGAAAGCGAUCCGAUGCCCGGCAAAGCGCGGUCGCCGUUGGUCCAACUGCUUUUGCUCCGGACGUUGCGGCCGGACCGACUGCUCGUCGCCUUGAGCGCAUUUAUAGCGUCUCAUUUGGGGUCGUUUUUCAUCCACCAACCUCCGUUUGACUUGGAGAGCAUUUACCAAGAAGCAAGUGCAUCGACUCCAAUCUUUUUCAUUCUGUUUCCAGGUGUCGACCCGACAGCAGACAUCGAACAACUUGGACGGCGUUUUCAAAUGACGGCGGACCGCGGCAAUUUUGUCUUGAUCUCGAUGGGCCAAGGACAGGAAGGGCCGGCAGAGAGAACGCUAGAGCGGUUUGCAGCCGACGGGUCAUGGGUUGUCCUACAAAACAUCCACUUGAUGCCUCGGUGGCUGCCGCAUCUGACUCGAAUUCUGGACCAGUGCAGCCAUACGGCAGACCCAAACUUUCGGUGUUUUCUGUCCGCAGAAGCCCCUGGGUUGCCAACUCUCACCAACAUCCCCGAGAUGCUGCUACAGGUGUGCAUCAAGGUGGCAAAUGAAGCGCCGGCGGACCUGAAGAGCAAUCUUCGCCGGGCGUGGGCGUCGUUUUCGCUCAAGACGAUCGAAACCAGCUUGAAGCCGAGCGAGUACCAAGGGUGCUUGUUUGCUCUAUGCUUUUAUCAUGCUGUGAUCUUGGGCCGGAAGCGAUUUGGAUGCCAAGGAUGGAGUCGACCGUACAGUUUUAACCAAGGCGAUCUCACCCUGUGUGCCGACGUCCUUCGACGCUACAUGGACAGGACGCUUGACGAAACUCUCCCGUGGGAUGACUUGCGAUACAUCUUUGGCGAGAUUAUGUACGGCGGCCACAUUACCGACUUUUGGGAUCGCUUGACUAACAAGACGUACUUGCAAGUGCUGUUCAAGGAGGACAUGCUCAAAUCCAAGGACUUGAUGCCUGGCUUGGCCGCUCCAGAUCCGUACGUGUUCACGUACUCCAAAUACGCAAGCUUCAUCGAGACGAGCUUGCCCGUCGAAACGCCAGCAAUCUUUGGCUUACACCCGAACACGGAAAUUCAAACCAUGACGAGUGCGUGCAACGACUUGUUUCUCAACCUUCAGCGCGUCGGCAGUGCCAUGCUCGGCAUUGCGCCGUCGUCGUCGUACCAAAUCGCAACGACGUCGCACACCAAGUCGGCCAUUGUCCAGAGUUUGACGAGCCAGCUCCCAUCGGACUUUGACCUGGUCACGCUGCAAGCCCAAGCCCAGCCCAUGUUGGAGCAAGGACAUUCGACCGCGCCGUAUGUUGUCGUCGCAAUGCAAGAGUGCACUCGAAUGAACAGCCUGCUUCAGAUCAUGCGGCAGUCGCUAAACGACUUGAUCAAAGGAAUGAAUGGCCAGCUCAACAUGACCGAUUCCAUGGAGGAGUUGCUGGAAGCCAUGUCGCUGCAGCAAGUCCCUGGUCGAAACCCCGUCCAUAGUUGCUCGUGGGAAAGGUACGCUUGGGCAUCGCGCAAGCCGCUGUCGGUGUGGUUUGCCGACCUGUUGGAGCGCGCCUCGUUCUUGUCGGCGUGGGUACAGGACUGGUCCUUACCCACGUCCAUGUGGUUGUCUGGGUUGUUCAACCCGGCGGCGUUUCUCACCGCGGUGAAACAAGUCACUGCACGCAACUUGGACUUCCCCCUUGACAACAUGACCAUUGAAACGCAUAUCCUUCACACGAUGGUAGUUCCGACCACGGCUGCCGAUAAAGGCUUCUUUGUCCACGGCCUCUACCUUGAAGGGGCUCGGUGGUAUUUUAGCGACGACACCGAUGAACUGCACGCGCACUCGUACACAAUUGACCAACUUGAGCACCCGUGCGCCGGGCAUCUCAGCGACGCCGUGCCCAAAGAAGUCGUGUGCCAAAUGCCCAUCGUGUACAUUCGAGCAGUGUCGAUCCAAGCCGAUUGGGAGGCGACCGCCACCGGCUACUUUCGCCAUGACUCGGCUGUGUACGAGUGCCCCGUGUACGUGACAUCGCAACGAGGGCCAACAUUUGUCUUUCUGGCCACGUUGAGCACGAAAGCGGCCAAGUCCAAGUGGAUCAUCGCAGGGGUCGCGCUGCUACUUCAAAAGGAAGGCUGACAAACCACGUGCUCCAUGCGCGUAGAGCGUAAUAAUUGAUUUGCCUAUAUUAAAAUAGCCACCUCCAUGCUGUUGACCGUUCCCGGCCAUUCGCGUCGGGAAGGGAAAUCGGAGUGGGCGAUGCGGUCCAGCGCAACUUCCUCACGACUGGACAAACGCAGCGUACUUGGUGACGAUCGCAGAUACGUCCUCGCUGCGGACCGAGUCGCAGUAGUCUUCGGCCAACUGCGUGGGCAUGUUGAUCGCGGCAAAGUACGCAUGCAGAGCGCCGAGAAAGUCGUCGCGGAGCGACGAGCCAUAGAUGGCAACUUGCAGCUUGACAACGUCUCGCACAACAAUGAGGCUUUGCGCGUCCCGGGCGUUGAACUCUUUUGUGUGCACGACUUGAAACAUCAGCGGAAGGACGUCUUGGAGGACAAACACGCGGACGAGGUCGCGGUGUUCCGACAGAACGGUCGUGUUCUCCUUGAAGAGGUGCUCGACCAAGUUUUGGCAAAACGUUGCGACCGCGCGGAUGAUGUGCAGUUCCAAAUGAAACCCGUCCAAGAUCAAGCGAAACACUUGCGGCAACGACGAUGCGUUCGUGGGAGACCCGAGGACGCCCGUCAGGCGGUGCUGGACAAUGUUCAUCAGGAAGGCGUACAGGUACUUUUGAGCUGUAGCUUUCUCCGUCGCGUUGGUCUGGUCCGACACAAUGAGCUCGACCACGUGCUGCAAAAACGGCAUGGCGGUCCGGUCGAGGACGCCAAAAAAUUCGGGCACCGCCUUGUACUGGAUGAUGAGCUGGUUCAUCAACUGAACGACUUCCACGACAUCGUUGGCUUCGCAAAACUGCAUCAAGAUGGUCAAGACGUCGGCCCGCGACAAGAACACCACCGGAUCGAGUAGGAUUACGAGACGAUGGAGUGUGACGAUGACCUUGCUUCGAACCGAGUCGCUCGUGGGGUACGCGAGCAGAACGCUUGCCGUGGCCGACAGCGUGGUUGUAAAGAUGUCUUGCGACUGGCGGGUCUUGAAGCCUUUGAGGACGUGGCACAUGGCGUUCAG